AUGGCAAGGUUCACCAACUUGCUUGUUGACUUUGUCCUUGGACACCCAACUAGUCUCACCCUUCUCAAACCUCUUGCUUCAAGGGGAACUCCUUUCCUUGCAUUUUCUUCUAGACAUAACCUUUCUUUCCCAAGGAGCAAUAACGAGAACAAAAUUCCUCUUCUUAGUUGUCGAUUUGUGGCUGACCAACAUGUUCAAAAACUCAUUCAAGGGGAGGUCGAACUUUUUCAGGUUGAAGUUCACUAUAAACCGUUUAAAGGAAAUAGAAAGGGACAGGAGGAUCAAAUACACCGAGAGCUCUCCUGGGAGGGUGAUGUCAAGCUCUCUCUCUCAUGCUUUGUAACUUUCCUAGUGAUACUCAGCUUAAAAGAAAAUAUUGAAGGAGUCUUAUCAAGAGAUGAUGUGAAAGCUAUUGUAAUUACUGGUUUAAAUGGAAAAUUCUCUGGAGGAUUUGAUGUGACAGUUUUUGGUGGUAUUCAAGGGAAAAAGACCAAGAAGGAGCUUGGGUUUAUGUCAAUCCAAUUCGUCACUGAUACUCUCGAAGCCGCAAAAAAGCCUUUGGUAGCUGCUAUUGAUGGCCCAGCUUUUGGUGGCGGACUCGAAAUUGCUCUUGCAUGUCAUGCUCGCAUAUCAACUUCGUCUGCACAACUAGGACUUACUGAACUUCAGUAUGGGAUUCUUCCUGGACUUGGAGGUACGCAAAGGCUUCCACGGCUUGUGGGCCUCCAAAAGGCUCUUGAAAUGAUUCUGAUGUCGAAGCGAGUAAAUGGGAAGGAGGCUCUACGCUUGUCCCUCGUGGAUGCCAUAUCUCCAGCUGAUAAGCUUCUUAAGGUAGCUCGUCAAUGGUCUUUAGACAUAUUCGAGUGUAGAAGACCAUGGGUCCUCAGUCUUUAUAAAACUGACAAAUUAGAACCCAUGGGAGAAGCUAAAGCAAUACUUAACUCUGCCCGAAUCCAAGCCCAGAGACAAAAUCCGAAUGUAAUGCAUCCGUUAGUAUGCAUCGAUGUCAUUGAACAGGGUAUUGUUUCGGACCCUCGUAAUGCUCUAUGGAAGGAAGCUGAAGCUCUUCAAGAACUUCGGCAAUCUAGUACAUGCAGGAGUCUAGUCCACACAUUUUUCUCUCAACGUCAAAUUUUUAAGAUUCCUGGGAUAUCUUUGAUGAAUUUGCAGCCAAGAAAAAUAAGCAAGGUUGCUAUUAUUGGUGGGGGAUUAAUGAGCUCUGAAAUAGCAACAAUGUUGAUUUUAAGGAAUUAUCAAGUCAUUCUCAAAGAGAAGAACGAAAAGAAUCUGUCAGAAGAGAUCAGCAGAGCCAAAGAGAAUUUGCAAAAUCAAGUCAAGCAUGGAAAGGCAACUCAAAAUGACCUUGAAAAAGCUUUCAGCCUAUUAAGUGGUGUUCUUGAUUAUGACAACUUUAAAGAAGUUGAUUUAGUUAUAGAGACUGAAACCGAAAGUUUGUCACUGAAGCAAGAGAUUUUUGCGGAGCUUGAGAAGUGGUGCCCGCAGCAUUGCAUUUUCACAAGUAAUAGCUCAACAUUCAGUUUGAGAUCGGUUGGAGAAAGGACCAAAUGCCAAAAUCGGAUUGCUCGUGUCCAUUUCUGCCUUUUGCCAGCUGGCAUGCCUUUUAUGGAAAUAGUUCGUACAGAGGGCACAUCGCCUCAAGUAACCGUUGAUCUGAUCGACUUUGGGAGAAAAUUGAGGAAAACCCCAAUUGUCGUCAUUGACCGCAAAGGCUGCACAGUCAACGAUAUGUUCGUUACGUAUUUGCUUGCUGCAAUACUACUCAGUGAACGAGGUGUGGAGGUGUACAAGAUCGACCAGGCUCUUGAAAGCUUUGGGAUGCAAUUUGGUCCUUUUAGAAUCAUAGAUAUGAUUGGAUUUCAAGCUUUUGUAGCGAUAAGUAAGAUGUUUGUCGAAAGAAUCCCAGAUAGAUCCUACAAAUCUAUACUACUCUCAGUCUUACAACACCAUGAACGUCAAGGUCGGUGUAAUGGAAAAGGUUUCUACAAAUAUGACAACUGUGGCAAGGCUUAUCCAGAUCCCGAGUUAAAUAAUAAGUACAUAAAAAAAGCUGGGAACCUAUCGAAUGUGACCGUUGACGCCGCCAAGCCGACAAAAUUGUCCGAUACCGAGAUAGUUGAGAUGAUCCUAUUCCCUGCGUUAAAUGAAGCGUGCCGCAUAAUUUUUGAAGGCAUUGUAAUUAGAUCAUCCGAUCUAGAUGUUGCCUCUGUUUUAGGAAUCGGAUUCCCAACAUACAGGGGAGGAAUCAUAUACUGGUCUAAUUCAUUUGGCUCUAAGUAUGUGCAUUCAAGAUUGGAGAAAUGGUCAGAGGAAUAUGGAGAUUUUUUCAAGCCCUGUGACUAUAUACUGCAGAAAUCGGCAGAGGGGAUAUCUCUAGAGAAGGAAACAAAUGAGACAAAGUCUAAGUUGUAAGAUAUGAAAAGUACUCAUCUUGUGAAGUUGGCACAUGAUAAAAGUCAGCAGAUGCCAGCUUGCUUUGAUUGUAACGGCAUCCUGUGUAGAGUUUUCAAACAUCACCCGACUGCAUGGGUCAUAAUACCAUGCCAAAUAUCACUAGAAAAACUAUUGUAAUUUAUUUGUGCCAAAUUAUGUGAUGAGGUUUGAAGAUUCUGAAACAGUUUUAUAGUUUACCAUAGAAAUUUAACUUCAGCAAACCUCUUAUUUGUAACUUCUUCAGAAAUUAUGAUGUUUUGAUCAAUUUAUGAGCUGAGUGUCGUCUAUAAAACAAUGUAUAUUAGUUUUUUUUU